AUGUCUGACCGCGCCGAGAGACUCGCCGAAGACGCCUACGAGGCUGAGAACGACUACUCUGCCCCCGUCUCGGGCACCUACAACGAUGCCUCCUACGCUCACGAGACCGGCACGCAGGGAUUCUCCAAGGGCAUCCCCGUGCAGAGCGACGACGCGGACUAUGAUGACCCCAUGCAGCCGCCGUACUCGAACAGUAACCAGCAAUUAGCUCAGGACGAACGCGAGGCCAUCGACAAGUCCAACAUCAUUCGCGGCAAAGGUCGAUCGCUUCGUCAUUCAAAGCCCCAGGCUGCUACUAAGUACAGCGAAGGGCCAGAUGAGGAUGACCUGCCUCAGGAGGCGUUUGAGACCGGACAAUCCAGCACCAAGCGGGUUCUGUAA